AUGCGCGCGCACGCGCAGGGAGGAUGCAGCCUCUGCUCAGACAACAAGCGCGCCACUGAGGGAGGAGAACAACCGGCAACGGGUGGGUGGACGCACCGACACACCGACGACCAGGACCCACCGGGACCCGAGCCACCGGUGGCCCGCCCGCAGCCCCCGCCGGGCCCCAACGGAACCUCCAGCCCUCCGCGUGUCCGCGCCGUGAACCCCCGGAGUGGAGGCAAAAAAAAAAAAAUGAAGAAAAGCAACCAAAGCAGACGGGGUGUUCAGGACUCCGGUGGUCCGCCGGCGGUCCAGCAGCCCGAGAAGGUGGGCUGGAUCCGGAAGUUCUGCGGUCGAGGGAUUUUCAGGGAGCUGUGGAGGAGCCGCUUCGUGAUCCUGAGAGGAGACCAUCUCUACAUUUCCGACAAGGAGGUGAAAGACGAGCGUAAAGCUCAGGAAGUUUUCGACCUGGCUGAUUACGAGCGGUCGGAGGAGCUGAGGAAAGCCAAGAGCCGCAGCAAGAAAAACCACAGUCGCUUCACCGUGCAGCGCUGCAGGCAGCCCGGGAACACCGUUCCUAAUCUGGUGUUUCUGGCAGUCAGUCCUGAGGAAAAGGAGUCAUGGAUCAAUGCGCUCAAUGUGGCCAUCAUCAAGGCCAAGAACAGAGUUUUAGAUGAGGUGACCAUCGAGGAGGAAAGUGCUUUGGCUCAUCCCACCAGAGACCGAGCGAAGAUCCCUCAUGGCCGCCGCCUGCCGACCAAAGGACACCUCAUGGCUGUGGCGUCCACCUCCUCCCAUGGGAUGCUGACCCUUGACCUGGUAGCGGAGGAGGACGGCUUCUGCCCCGAUUAUGACGAUGACCUGGAUGGAUCCUGGGAGAACAGCUUCCGGGUGGACCUGCAGGGCGGCGGCUCUGGCGGCGGGCGCGGCGGCCGUCAGCGGGCCGGCACGGAUGUCUCAAAGCUGCGGGUGACUUCCAAAGAGCCCAAAGUGAAAACCGGCAGUUUGCCCAGGGGGAACGAGCUUUCCUGCGGAAAGCAAUCCCUCCUUGACACCUCCAAGCUCCACAAAAACCAGCAAGUCCAGACUCAGUCUCAGACGCCGCAGCCCGGAAAAAGGUUCAGCAUGCAGGGUCGAAGCCGUUGUGCCUCCAUGGAUGAAGUCCACUCAUCCAGACCAGCAAUGAUCCGCUCAGAGUUUCGCUCCGCUCUCCGGCGCUGUCCGACGGAGGAGGAGGCGGGGGGCGGGGCUUCGGCCCAGCCCGUGGGUCAGCUGCAGAGCCUCAUCGCUCAGAGGAUGCAGAGGGCUCAGGAGCUGCUGGAGGAGAUGAGACUGCAGGAGCUGCAGAAGGCCAAAGCGGAGAGGGAGCGUGGAGGCAGCUCCACCUACCUGAAGGGCAUCGAGUCCCCUCGACUCCAUCACCUCAGGGGCUCCGACUCCCCUCAUUCCAGCAGGUCUUCGGGGUCUUCGAGGAGCAGGAGCAGCGACUCUCCUCGCCUCCGGGGCAGAGACUCUCCUCGCUUGAGAGGAAGAGAGUCUCCUCGAUCCAAGGCAAAGAGGAAUCGCUCCAAGGCGGCCGACUCGCCUCGCUCCAGGGGGUCCCACUCGCCCUCAGCCAAAGCCGCAGAGUCUCCCCGACUGAAGGACUCCCCCCAGGCGUUCGACUCUCCGCGCCUGAAGAGCUCCGACUCACCGAACCUCAACGGCUCGUCCGGUUCCUCUUCCAACAAGCAAGACAGCUCACCUGCACAGAAGACUCCGGAAUUGUGUUCCAGCCUGAAGGGGUCAGAAUCCAAAGGAUCCGACUCCCCGCCGGCAGGCAGCGACGGCGACUCCCCCCGUCUGGCCAACGCCAAGGAGGCGUCCGGUCAGGGCCAGAGCCUCCCCGUCGCGCAGGGAUCCCCCGUCUCCCCGCAGCCCAAAACCCCCGACAAGCAGCGCCUGUCGCCCCCGCCGCCCGCCUCGCCGCUGCCCGAGGAGGACUCGGACGUGGGCAGGAAGCGGGCCGAGGCGGAGCGCCUCCUGGAGGAGGCCGUGUCGUCGUGGAAGGAGGCGCAGGAGGUCCUGCAGGAGGUGAAGGAGCUGCAGAGCCAGACGCUGAGGCGGCAGCGCCGGAGGACCUACGAGAAGAUGACCACCUCAGCGGCGGCGGAGGGGGACGACACGCCCACCUCACCCACGUCCCCCGAGGACAACGAAGAGUCGGAGACACCCUGACGGAGAUUCCCUUUGGUACAUGACCUGUUUGAUUCUUGCUUUUUCUCAGCGGAGGUUGCAGCGUUUUUCGGCAUGUUUUAUGCACAAAGAAGAGACGGAAUUGCCUAAUUUUGAGGUCUUCAGUUCUAUCUCCGACAUGAUUUUGUAUCUUUUAAACGGUGAGAUACACAUGGCCACCUCAGCAAAUGUGGAUUUUUUUUUUCAAAAAAGCAGUUCUUCCCAAGGAGGAUUAAUGGCUUUAGUCCUUCAAAUUGCACUACACUGACACCAGGCAGAGGCCCCCUCACUUGAGCUGCCCCUUUUGUUCCAGGAAACCUUUCUCUGUGGCGGAAGUGUCACAUUUAAUUUGGGUAAACACGGUUUCAAUGGAGAGGGCCUCCAACCACCUUCGCUAAUGAUGCUGCAUGUUGCUGUUCUUUGUCUCUUUUUGCAGAAGGUUGAAGCGAAGAGCCUUUUUGUGGAUUACAAAAAACGUUUUUGGUUAAAAAAAAACCCAAUAAAAUAGCUUUGGGCUUUAAAAGAAAGUCCCAUUUUUUUCAAGCAAAGAUGUCAAAUUUAUACAGUGAAAAACUUUUUACAAAAGAUGAAAAUGAUGAAGACGCUGAUGAGCACCAUGUUUCCUAAGAGCACAAAGUGGGGUUUUACUGUAAAUUUCUUCCUUUUAAAGCAAAAAGACACUGAAAAUGGACUUCCAGUUCCAACAUUUGUUGAGAAUUUCUUAGCUGAUGUUGAUUUGAGUCAUUUUGUGUGGUGUAUCUGUUCAAAAUGAUUCAUUGGUCAGUUAGUUGUUGCCCUUUUUUACUCAUGUCCUAAAAUGUCCUUCCAGCUCACUGUUUGUAUGUUUACAAUAACAGGGAGUUUAUUUAGACUACAGCAAAAAUCAGGGAGUUUUAAUGUUUUACACAAUUAUUAGAAAAAAAGCAAUAAUGAGCACAAAAAAAAAAACUUGACCUGAGUAUAACGUGUGGAUGAAACAGACCGCCGACACAUUCAAAAACUAUGUGCACUAUGAACUAAAUUCACUUCACCCCCAUUUUUACUGUGUAAGAAGAAUUUCUCGAGCGUUUUAUAUCUUGACUGAAGAUGUUUUACUUGCACCUAAUUAACCUGAGGCAUGAGUCUGACACUUUAUUUAAAACAUCAAACAUUAUUAAAUCCUCAUAAAAAUUUUAAUUUAGUAAGAGUCCAAUCCAGUGAUUUGUAUUUAGAGUAUUCCACAUUUAUUAAUCAAAAACAGUCCAAACAGACUUAACAGAUCUUGCAGAAACGCACAAAAAUAAAUAGAAUAUUAUUGAAUAAUAGAUAAACACACCACAGACUAAUGUCAAUGCAAACAUCCAUGAGAAAACUCUCACAUCCACUCAAGAGCUACAUAAAAACUACUUUUCUACAGUCAUGUCAAAACGAUCACCGUCAUAAAUUAUUCUACGCAUGCUCCAAGCCUGUGCAUAAAUAAUACAAAUAUCUAGCUACUAACAGGGGAUGCAGACAUGAAGCAGGUGCUGAAAUCUGUGCACAUUGGACACAUUUCAGUGUGGACACAUAUGAAACACAGAAUUUACAUACUGCAGAUGGGUCGCUGAUAAAUUUAGCACAUGUGAGGACAUUUCUGUCGGAUAACAUGAAAAAUAACACAAACAAUAGAAUCUAGGUAUUUAAGAUACAAUUCUAUGAUAAAUUAUAUGCAGGUUGGCCUCAAUGUUGUAUCCAGAGAUUUAAAAGGGUAGAAAGUCUGUUCUACAGUGUUGGAUUUGUCCCCCCUGGGCCACUGUAGAAAAACAUAACAUGUACAUAACUCAAUAUGAGUUAUGUAAAGCAUUACUGCCAAUCGAUAACCUUAAAAGUUCAAAUAUGGAACAGUGUGUUCGGGCAAUUCUCUCUGGUUAUCAAAUUCAAAUAAAACUCAGCAUAAAAUACAAAUAAGCUCAUGCACAUUUCUCUAUUUCAUCAAUAUCACCUGACAUGACAACCAAAUUUCCAUCUUUACAAAGUGCAGACAGACUUUUUCUAUGUAUGUCUGCAUUGUUUAAAUUUGAAUUAGUUUAAAUUUGCAUUUGCCGUUAAUAUGUUUUUUCCAACCACGAACUUCCACGGAAAAUACAAAUACUCCAAGAAUAGCUUUGAUCUAUACUAAACAUAGUGCUAUCAUUGUGGAUUUUAAAAAGCAGAAACUCAGUAAGCAGGCUAUGAGUUCAGAUGCACAUGUGUUUUACAGAGACACUAUGAAGUUUAAUAUGUAAUGAAAUGAAUUUCAGCUGCAGACCCUUAUAUUUGUCCCUCUUGAAUCAAGUUUUUCUGCUGCUAAUGUUUAGUUAGGGUAAGAUAUCAGCUGAUGAAACUGAUGUUUGACCAGUAAACAGACUAAAUCCACAUUUAUUUAUCUGAGGUUCUGUGUUUCACUGGCUUCACAAAGCUUCCCUUUUUUAAAACUUUUUUUCCUGUCUGGGUGUUUUUGCACAUUUUUUCAUGACUUCUUAAAGCAUGCAUAAGAAUGCACUGACACUGAAAGAGCUAAAUCACACAGUGAUUUCUGUGUACUGUGAGAGACAUUUUGAUGAAAGGAUGAUGAACAAAUGUAUUUAUUUUUGUUUCGAUGUUGCUGCACAUUCGAAACAACCUUUGCAAGAAGAGAAUCCAAUGCUGUAUUCACUGUUGAUAUAAAAAAAACAACUUAUUUUACGGUCUUUGUCGCUGAUUUUACUUGACUUUAGAUGUACGUGUUGCUGUUUCUCAGUGAUGUUUGAAAUUACUUUCUACAGCAAUGCAUUGUGGAUAAAUGGCGCCGAGAAAAACGCUGUUGAUCGACUGUGUGAGCGUCCAGAGCUCAUUGUAACAUGCAAAUCAAGCUAAGCUGAACUGCUUUGGAUCCGUCACUUCCUGAAGUGAGUUGCUUGGAUAGCGUGCUAUCAUCAGGACAUUCACCUUGUUUUUGACCCUGAAUGGACAUUAAAAAAAAAACGAAAUGCUUCCCAGCUGAUAUGCUGACCGAUUGCUUCUAAAACUGGCCAUAACUUGUUUCAUUUGAAACUUAUUGAUUAACUUAUUGAUUUUGAGUUUAAAAAGCUGGUUAAGUUGUGUAACUGUGGGUUUGCAGACCUUACAGACCUUAACAAAAUAAGCCCGCACAUCUGCAGGCUGUACAGAUGUUGCUAUGCAAACAAUGGUCACAAUCACUGUUCAUCUCAAAUAUUUUAUUUCAGUCAGCAGUAGGUCCUGAAGGACUGACUUUGGACUACCCUGCUAUAAAGCAUCUCUCUUCAGGCAGUGACUCACCUCAGGUAGUGAAGGGGGUGGGGGGGUGUUUUUCACCUUCCCUGUAAUGAACACAAAGGUUUACGAUGGUUUCAACAUGCUGACCCCACUCAGGUGGACGCACCUCAACUCAACGGCUAAUGUAGUUCUCGCUUUAAUAAAACUGUCUUGAAGGAUAAAUACAAGUCUAGUUUA